GAAACUGCCAUCUUUUAUAUUUAUACUAUAUUUUAGAUAACAGAAUUAAACAAUGUUUUCCUCAUACGUAGUGCAGAAUAUACCAUUCGUAACAUCUAGGUUAUAAUUGUGAAAUUAUCUACUGUAAUUAUUUCCGGCUGUUUCCUCGUAUCGAUAAAAUGGAGAAUAAAGAAUGCAUAGUGAAAAGUAUAAUUCAUGCAGGAACUAAAACGAUUCAUUUUGUACCUGGGACUAAAGUAGUUUUCCAUUUUAAAACAACAAAAUGUGACCCAGAGAGAACAGUAAUAGAUGAUAGCAAAACCAUGUGUAAUCCUAUGGAACUUGUUUUGGGGAAACAGUUCAAGCUUGAAGUUUGGGAAGUGAUUGUACAGAAAAUGGCAUUAAACGAAGUGGCUCGCUUCAGGGUCGAUAAAAGCCUAGUCACAGCAUAUCCUUUUGUAUCUAAAACGUUGAGGGACAUUGGGAAACCACAGUCAGAAAAACGUAGUCAUCAUUGUUGCGGUGUAACUUUGCAAAAUGAGGGGAUUGGAUACGAUGAUUUAAACGAGCUCAUCAAGUAUCCUCAAGAUUUAGAGUUUACAAUUGAGCUUGUCAACGUAAUUUUACCAGAUGAAUAUGAGAAAGAAUCGUGGCAAAUGACGGAGGAUGAGAAAUUAAAGAGUAUUCCAGAUAUAAAAGAGAAAGGGAAUGCAUUGUUUAAGAAGCAAGAUUACAAUGGUGCAUGUGUGAUGUAUGGAAAAGGCAUUGGAAUAUUGGAGCAGCUUAUGCUCGCCGAGAAACCAAACGAUGAGGAAUGGCUAGCAUUAAAUCGAUUGAAAACUCCGUUACUCCUAAAUUAUGUACAGUGUAAAUUAAUUCAGAAGGAGUAUUACACAGUUAUAGAACAUUGUACAACAAUUUUGAAACAUGAACCAGAUAAUGUAAAAGCGUUAUAUAGAAGAGGUAAAGCGUACAUAGGUACCUGGGAUGAGGAGAACGCCGUUAAAGAUUUGAGGAAAGCUGCUGAAUUAGAUACUUCGUUACGAAGUACAGUCGAAAAAGAAUUGCAGGCAUUUUCCGUAGCCAUUAAGCAAAAAGAUCAAAUGGAAAAGAAGAAAUUAUCAAAACUAUUUCAAUAAGUAUUUAUACGAAAAUACGAUAUGUUUUAAAUGUAUUAUAAAAUAUAAAAACUAGAAGAUAACAGUUUAAAUUGUUGUUAUUAGCGAACAAUUUUCAGUUGGUAUACUUAUCUUCGGCCUUCGGCGUUAUUAUCUAAAAUAGAGAUAUGAGAGGAAAAACAAUUGGGUUUUGUAAUAUUAAAAUAAUUUAAUUGUAUAAUUCGAUAGAGAGUAACAUGGUUGACACGAAUGAUGUAAUGUCACAUCGAAGUGGUUGCAUUUUGUAUCAGGUGCCGGGCGAGAAAAAUUAACAUAACAGGCAGGGACAAUGUUAGGUCCUCUCGCAAUUUUAGUUAGACUUUGCAGCAACAAUCGCUGCACGUUGUUGCCGAUGGUGGAUAGUUCACGUUAAUAAAUUGUGGGGAAUGAUUUGUUGGGUAAACUUCGCAGUCGUAAAUCCGGCGCAUAUCAACGCGUUUCAACAGCAUUACAAAUAUAACUCUCUCGUAAUUUUGUCAUGAUCACGCUCGCUCGUAAUAUAAUACAAUGGAAAAAUGUCA